AUGGAAAUGGGACCCACAAGUAUCACAGACAUUACUAAACCAUAUCCAGCCAAAGAACCGGUACCAGAAACUACUAGUCAAGAGUGUGAGGACAACGAAGGUGCCGACGGUCAGUACGGCGACCACAAGAAGGACACUCAGUCCGGCGGCUCGGGAGCCAUGAGCGCUAGUGAACCAGAUCUAACGCAACAGGGUGCCGCAAGAUUACUGGAAUCUCUUGGAGUAGGUCGUGGUUCUGGCGCAGGGCGCGGCAACAACCCGCAGCGCGCAACGAGAACUAACCACUCAACUAGUCUUUUCCCUAGUUUGGUGCGUUUAGCUCUAUCAAGUAACUUCCCAGGAGGUCUGCUAUCAGCUGCCCAGAGCUAUCCGUCUCUAGUACCAAAUGCUCAAAAUGCGCUCACACUGUCUCUGACUUCUACAUCCAGUGAAAGUGAACAGUGGCUGCAGGUGUCGUUAGAGGACUUCCUGGAGUCUUGCCGAGCUCCCGCCCUGCUCACUGAGCUGGAAGAUGACGACGAGGGAGAUGACGCACUCGACAGUGAUAAGGAGAACGAGCCCACCUAUCAGGAGGUAUCACGGAAUCUUUUGUCCUUAAUGGAGGAAGAGGCAUUAGAAGCAGUUCGUGGUAACAGCGGCCAGGGAAGCCGCCAGCGUAAACCUUGGGAUGAUGAUUUUGUGCUAAAGCGACAGUUUUCAGCGCUCAUACCGGCUUUCGAUCCUCGCCCAGGAAGAACCAAUUUGAAUCAAACCGUCGAUUUAGAAAUUCCUUUAAAUGAGUCAUCGGACGGAGAGGAGAGCAGCAGCACGGAUACAGCGGGCGCGUCCGCCGCCGCCGCGCCGCCGGCCGCCUGCCCGCGCUGCGCCUCGUGCUCAGCGCGGCCGGCGCGGCGCUGCCGCUGGAGCGGCCCUCGUGGACACUGUACCGCGCCGUGCUCGCACUCAACUCGCGUCUGCCGCUCCUCGACACGCACCGCGACCUCACCUACACGUACGUCACCUGCACGCUUCCCUUCUAUACUGUACCAUUCCAAGAACGUCAUGUACCUAUUUAAUUCGUGUCUAUUGUUUCUUCUUUUAGAUUGA